AUGAGCUUUCCUGCGCCCGACGCGGGUGCUCCCAGCCAUGAUGUUGCGGUUGAAGGGCAUGAUUCUCCUGACAUAGAAUCCAUGAUUAGGGAAGCUGAUGACACAGAAUUGGUGAAACACUCCACGGGCCCAAAGGGAGUAGUUCCAUCAGAGUUUAAGUCCAAAGACAGUCAUGUUCCGAUCCCAGUCCCUGAGGAAGAUUCACUCAAAGUGGUUACUUCUCAUUUGAAAAUUCCUGUAGAUCAUCUACUUACUCAUUUGCCGGCACAUCCAGGUUGUGACGUUUGUAAGGAAGCCAAGCUUCGGGCCAAAGCCCACAAACGUUUUGCAAACCAGGGUUCGUCCAUUCGUGAAAUUCGAGCCAUUGAAGCCCCAACUACGUUUCUUCAAAGAAUUUGUGUUGAUCAUCUUGAGUCAGCUGAAAAUGGUUGGAGAGAUGAGAGGUAUGCACUAGUUGUUGUAGAUCAAUUCACUGGUUCUUUGUUUGCUUACCCAUCUAAAUCCAAAAAUCAAGCAGCCGUGGAACUGGCGUUGCGGCACUUUGUUGGCAACCGUGCCUCCCCCGUGGUGAUUUCAGAUCGCUAUCCAAGCAUCUUGGCUGCCGUCAAGUCCAUUGGGCUUGCAUCUGACCCCACUCCACCAAACUCUCUUGUGAAGAAUCCUUUGGCUGAAAGCGCAAUCAACAUCAUUCGUCAGGGUACACGUGCAUUGUUGUUGCAAGCUGGUCUAGAUGUAGCGCACUGGCCACGGGCAAUGAUGUGCUUUUGCUACCAGUACGAUUUGAACACUCCACCUUCCAACUAUGAGGGGUCCUUACGCCAUGAAUCCCACAAACAUCACCAUUCACUUCCCGCCGGUGUUGAGGGACCGGAAGUUCCAUUGCCUGAUGUUGAGAGUAAAUUGCAUUUAGCUUUGGGGUAUCAGCCUGAACCACGCCUGCUUCCAUUUGGUUGUUUGGUUUGGUACCUUGGUAAAAUCAAGGAUCCCAAUGCUCCCAAGAGUUUUACUCCUAAUGGCAAACCUGCUCUCUACUUGGCACCAGAAGUUGCACCAGGGUUGCGUUCACGCGACGUGCACUUGCUGUUGGAUUUGAACCUUUUGACUUCCACCGGCCAGGUUCGAGAAAUAGUGACCCGAGAUUUUGUGCCACCCUCCGGUUCUUGGCACUUCCCUUUGACCAGGGUAGUGAUGUUGAAACAACCUUCUCGGGAUUUUGACCGGGGUCACCUGUUGCGUUCAGAUCCUGCUGUGCCUGAGUCAUCUGAUUUACCCCGCAAUCGUUCCAUUACCAAACGACGUAUCCUUUUGUACGGGCAAUCUCCUGAAUGUGAUGGUUGUCUCAAUGGGAGUUAUUCUCACACCCAAGCAUGUCGUCAACGUUUCAAUGUUCUGCUAGAUGCCUCUGAACCCUUGCCGCGGGGGGAUGGAGACCUGGACUUGGAUGUGACUGAACAUGUUGAUGAUGAAAUCCAUGACGUUGAAAGUGUUUUCCGGUUGUUUGACACGAUCAUUCCUGAUGAUGUAAUUCCUAGUAAUCCUUUGGAUGAAGACCUUGUACCAGAAUGUCCUCCAGCUUCGCCCAAUGAAUUGCAUGAACAACAUCGAGAUGAUGACUAUUCUCCGACGUCGAUGGCCUCAUCGGAUUCAACACCUGAGUCUUGGUUCGAUGAUUCCGUCAUUGGAGAGGUAGUGUGGGCUCCGGGGGGUGUUGCUAAACGGGCAAACAAAGGACUUUUCAUUGAAUUUUGUUGCAAGGAAGGGUCUGCUCUUUCCAAGGUGGCUGAAGCAUUAGGAAUUUCAUACCUCGGGAUCACAAAAGAAUCUUUCGACGUUCAAAACGAUGACAAUUUCCAUCAACUACUGUGUUGGGUGCAAGAAGAGAUACAACAAGACAUAGGCCCCAUUCACCUUUGGGGAAAUCUUCCUGGUGCUGCUUGGUCGCCUUGGCAACGAAUGGCGUUGCAUCGAUACCCAGGCUAUGAAGAGAAACUUCUUGCUAAGCGGGCUGAAUCCCUCGAACUCGUUCGUAAGUUUAGGUCACUGGCAGAACUUGUUUGUUUUUCAAGGGGUGGUUCCAGCAGUUUCGCAUGGAGUAAGGAUUCUGAGGGAUGGGACGAACCCGAAGUUCAAGAUUGCAUUGACUCCCUUGGUAUGAAAGGUGUCCAGUUUGACGGUUGUGUUUUUGAUCUUGAAUUUGAUGGAAAGAAACCAAAACGUCAAUGGGUUGUCCAAACCACCAAUGAUCGGUUGUUGAACGAGUUAGCUUCAAAGAAAUGCAAGCACGAAAAGGGUUUUCAUGAUCAACUGGAAGGAUCUCUCACCAAGAAAUCAGGAUUGUACAACAUGUCCAUGGUUAUUUGUCUGGUAUCCACGCUUUUUCCGGGUGUAAUCUUGGACCAAAUCCCUGCUCUUCCGGUUCUUCCUUUUCAGUUGGACCCUCACAGAUCCCGACUGCAAGACUACCAUACUCCGGAUCUUUGUGUGCUGGCAACCAUUCACAAGCUGCUCACCAGAGAUGAGAUGCGCAGUGAUCCUAAAGCCAUCCAAGCCAUCAAGGACGAGGGUGCAGGAGUAAGGGCUAAGGAAGUAUGGUUGGAUUCAUCUGUAAUGGAGAAAUCGGAACGACUGGCGUUGGCUAAGAGUCAAGGGAAAACCAUACACAUGGCUGAAGUCAUGCCCAUUGCUUCAAUAAAGUUUUGGGAGUCACCAGACAAGAGAAAAUAUAAAGGUAGAUUGGUGUUCCGUGGAGACCAAGUAAAAGACACUUGGGGAGGAGCAGCCCAAUUUGGUGCAAUGUAUUCGACUCCCACCAAUACGCAAGCCAUCAAUUUGGCAGUAUACUAUGGGCUGUUGAAGGGUCACAAGCUUACUGCAGCUGACUGUACCCGUGCUUUUCUCCAAGCACUCCUCCUCAUGGAUGAAGAGACAUAUGUGGUUUUACCCAAAGAACUAUGGUUGGAUAGUUGGCAUGGUAAGUACCGUCAACCAACUGUACUAUUGCAAAAGGCAUUGUACGGCCAUCCGUUGGCUUCAGCCUUCUGGGAGAUGCAUCUUCGUCAGGUGCUCAUCGGUGACCUUGGUUUGGUUGCCGUAGACGGCCAUCCUUCUGUGUUCAGGUGUCCAAAGACAUGUCUCCUCAUCGUUGUCUACGUAGAUGAUGUGUUGGUUUCCGGUCCUGAAUGUCACCAUGAAUCAUUUUGGAAAUCUUUGCGACGAUACAUUGAAAUUGACGAGGUUGAACCACUCAGUCAGUUCAUUGGUCGUAAUCAUGUUGUUGAGGGGAACAAGUGUGUGUACAACAUGUCUGACUACUGUCAACAAGCAGUUGAUUUGUAUGCUGAUGCGGUAGGAGGCAAGGUGGCUUUUCGACAGGUUUCCACUCCAUACGUGAAUGAGAACAUACUCACGCAAGCUGACUUUGAAACACAGGGGCAGGUUUCGCACAAGGCGUCAUCUGUACUUAUGAAGCUUCUUUGGGUUUGUAGAUUAGCCCGACCUGAUCUCGCCUAUGCCAUCAGUUCAUUGUCCACUCAAGUAACUCGAUGGUCCAGAAACUCAGACAAGCAACUUUUUCGCCUUGUUUCGUAUCUCAACUCCACAAAGGAACUGUGCUUAGUGACCCAAGUUUGUGAUCCUCCAGAGGCCUGCACUCUUGACUUGUACUGCGAUGCUGACCUAGGGGGAUGCCCCUUCACGGCAAAGUCAACGAGUGGCCUAUUCUUGGUCAUCCGUGGCCCAGCAGGAACUUUCUGUCCUAUUACUUGGAGAGCCAGAAGACAACAGCACGUUGCCCGGUCCACAGCUGAUGCUGAAUUGAAUUCUCUUUCAAAAGGUUUGUACGAAGAGUUGUUGCCAAUACACCAACUUCUCACUGAGCUCCUUGGACAGCAAAUUCCACGUCCUACUGUUCGCGAAGACAACUCGGCAGAAGCUAGUGAGACUGCCUUCAAUGCUGUCCCAAGGUUACCGAAGGACCCUGCAGCUCAAGCUGUGCAAAAGAAGAUGGAAGAAAUAGCGCGACUUGCAUCCAGAAAUCAGUAUGAGAGGUGGCUCUACAACCAUUUCCACGAUGUGGCGGACGACAUGUGUCGAGAAGACUCAGACAUGUUUCUGCCAAUCGUGGGUCCACUUUGCCUAUACCAUGAAGGCAAUGAGUCGUUAGAAGAAGAAACUGAAGAAGGCGAGGAGUCACCUGCUACUGAUGAUCCGAGUGAUCAUGACAGCGGUGAUGGCAAUGGAGAAGGUGAAAACCAGAAAGCGAGGAGUAGAUCACCAAGGUACAGGCGCGUAUUUGUUCGUAUCGGUGUGACAGAGAUCACGGAGUGCAUGGUGCCAUUGAUUUUUCUUUUCGCAUACCUUUUUUCGGCGUGGCUGGAGCGGCCGGGCAUCUUGGAAGAGCAAACUCUGGGCAAAGGCCGUUUGUGCAGCAUGGGUGAGGAGGGCAAACCACCGGGCGAUGAAUGCCUGGGCGGUGGCUUGGCGGAGGGAAGUUGGCGCGGCUCUGCUUCGACAUUUGGCCAACAGCCGGACGAACUCUGCCGCUUCCUCGCUCCAACGACCCCCAACUUCAAGUGCCACAACCACGAGUUUGCAUCUGCCCCCUCGUUGGAGUUCCGGGUAGGUGAAGCUUCAGGAACACGGCAGACCAGUGGCUGCAAACCACACGAAAGUUUUCUCAAGCGGGCAUGGGCCUUCGUUCUACGUGUGUGGAUGUGGCAGCAGCGUAUUUGGUUUCUGUUGGUCUGUGCUUCGCGGUGCUUGGCUUUGGACCCCAUGUUUGGAACUGUUUCCUUGUCGCCUCACGUCACCGCGGCUUUGGCGGCUCACAACAAGUUGGUGCCUGUCCCCCUUAGUGUCGACACCGCCCUGGCGCAGCGACAACGGGCAUUGAUCGCUCAAGUGGAUCUGGCCGCCUCGAGGUUUCAGUUAGAAGCAAAGCGCUGCUGUUUUUGCUGA